UGUUAUUACCCGAAGUUAUUUCUGUAUUUGGUGAACAUAAAGCGGAGCUUCAAAACAGAACAUCACAUUCAACGUUCCGAAAUGCAUAUACUCCCUGCAGAAAAUCAUCUCAACUAUUCGAAUCUCGACGUCGUUAAACCGAAUUGGCACUUCAUUAAUGGACAGUGCUAUGUCCGUUCAGAAGCUCCGACGGCCGCAAAAGCAAGUAAUGUCGCUCGUCUGGAUAAUGGAAUGUUGAAGCGUUUCCAACCUGAUUGGGUAGCUUCACAGGAAGAAUAUGAAGAAAAACUUCUGCUUAUAAUACAAGUGUUAAAGCUUAGGUCUGCACAGGACAAUGAGGACAGUUUUUCGAAUGCGGAAUGUAUAAAUUGUGCCGAGAUUAAUAUCAAAGAUGAAGCUGAUGAAGAAAUAUCGAAUCAUGAACAUAUUAACGACAGAUCGGAAUUACAUAUAAACCCACAACAGGAAGUUCCUUUAAUGAACAGAAAAAGACGUACAUUAAAAAGUUGCAGUUCGUUAUUAAGAAAUGUUAAACUUUAUGAAAGAAGUAUUCAAGAACGGCAUUUACAAAUUGAAGAGAGACGUUUAGCAAUAGAAGAAAGGAAACAGUUGUUAGAAGAGGCAAAGUUUGAACAAGAGAAAUAUGAACGCGACCAAAGGUUACAAGUCGAAAUAGAAGAACGAAAACAUAAAAUGCAAAUAGAAAGUCAGCAACUCCAAAUACAUUGUGACUUAUUAAAAUUGUUGGCGAAUAAACUAAAACCAUGGAGGUCUAUCCUCGAUCAUGAAAUCGACAAGAACACGAACUACAUCAAAGGCAAUCUCACGGAAGUCCUAAGAGAUACUGCAAACUUCAUACACAUACAGAUCUUCCUUAGGCUAUCGUGGAGUAAAGGGGGCAUAAGAGGUAGAGCAGGAGGUUCCGGAAGACCCAAAGCUACCAUAGAGCCACAUCUUAGAUUAUUGGCCCUAAGGGACAGGAUGAGUUCAACGCGGAUGGUUGUUGAUGAAUUUUUUGUCGAUGAAGGAAUUCGAUUUACAUCUGUAUAA